AGAUUUUCAAACUUCUUGUGUUCUGUUGUCUACCCUUACAUGCAUAUAGACACGGUAUGUCGAUCCAUGUGAUGAUGAUGAAAUAAAAAUUCUAAUCUUGAAUUGAAGGAUACAGGCUAUAAAUACGACCUUGCAUACUCCCUUUUUUGGAUAUCGACUAGGAAAACGAUGGCUAAGCUACAUUUUCCCACCCUACUCUGCCUCUUUAUCUUCCUCUUCCUCCUUGUUUCUACAGAGAUGCAAGUAACACAAGCAAAAGUUUGCCAGAGGCGCAGCAAGACAUGGUCAGGAUUUUGUGGAAGCACGAAGAACUGUGACCGUCAAUGCAAGAAUUGGGAGGGCGCCUUGCAUGGAGCUUGCCAUGCACAGUUCCCAGGAGUUGCAUGUUUCUGUUACUUCAAAUGUUAAUCAAGCUCUAAGCACUAUUGCUAUGCUCUUGAGUGUAAAAUUUCACAAACCAACUCUGUAGAGAUGAUAUUACUACUACCAGUGUGCCAGAGUAUCUACUAAAUAACCAGCAAUGAACUAUGUCAACAAGGUUUCUCUUUCCUCUCAUUAAUGCAAAUAAACUUUUGCUGAAA